UUUAUUGAUACAACUCUGCUGCCGACCGACUCGGACCUGCUGUAAAUUUAUUACAAAUUAUAAGAAUAAUUAACACAUAAAAGCAAGAUGACUGGCAUUAUGGACACAAUAGAAAUGCCAAAAUUACCGGAAAAUCAAAAAACAUUCGCCGGCAUACCAGAAGCAAUAUUUCUAGAGGAAAUUGAUACGUUUAUGACACAGCCUGAGAACGAAAAUUGUGAAAAAGUGUUGCAGAAGUUGGAUGAGCAGCAUGGAAAGUAUCGCUUUAUGGCCUACAAUUUGGAGGCGCGUCGCCGUAAGCUGAAAUCUCAAAUUCCAGAUUUAGAGCGAUCUUUGGAAAUGGUGAAUGUGUUGCGCAAAGAGGAUGAGGAGCGAGAGACGCAAUUCUUGCUCAGUGAUCAGGUGUUCAUCAAGACCCUGGUGCCACCUACAAAAACGGUCUAUCUUUGGCUUGGUGCCAGCGUAAUGCUGGAAUAUCCGCUGGACGAGGCAGAGUCAUUGUUAAAGCAAAAUAUUACAUCUGCCGUGGGCAAUCUAAAGUCUGUUGAGCAUGAUCAGGACUUUGUCAGAGAUCAAAUUACGACAACCGAGGUAAACAUGGCACGAGUAUACAAUUGGGGCGUUAAAAAGCGACAGGCUGCGGCUAAAACUAACGCAACUCCUGCUACGCCCUCCUAGAUAGUUCUCAAAAGUUGUAAACUAAGCAAGAACAGAAUAACAAACAAUUACAAAAGGUAAUUCGGGUGUCGUUCCUUUUGAAUUAUUUAUUUGAAGUUAACAAAAUCGAUAAACCCAAAUAAAACACUCAGUUAUCCGUGCUUUCAAAAUUAAUAACCAUUUGGAAACUAAUAACAAAGCGACUCUACGUGCAUUUUUACUUGUUUUAAUAUCUAUUUGUAAUAAAUAUGAAUUACGAUGCA